AUGGCUGAGGAGGUGGAGCUCGACGCCAUGGCUGUGGAGGUGAAGCUCGACCUGGAGGACCACGCGAGGAAGAUGACGAACAUGGCGAGAGGCUGCCAUGGAUUCGCUGUACGAGUGUGUCCAAAUGGGUGGGAAGAUCGCUGGGUAAAAUCCGAGUGGAAGAAGGAGGACGGCACGGCCGGCGAGUGGAGCCACACCUCCGGCAACUGGAGCGGAGAUGCGCAAGACAAAGGCAUCCAGACCUCGGAGGACUACAGGUUCUACGCCAUCUCGGCACAAUACCCGGAGUUCAGCAACAAGGACAAGACCCUGGUGCUGCAGUUCUCCGUCAAGCACGAGCAGAAGCUCGACUGUGGUGGCGGCUACGUCAAGCUGCUCGGCGGCGACGUCGACCAGAAGAAGUUCGGUGGCGAGACCCCCUACAGCAUCAUGUUUGGGCCGGAUAUCUGCGGGUACACCACCAAGAGGGUGCACGCCAUCCUCACCAAGUACGGCAAGAACAAUCUGAUCAAGAAGGAGGUGCCCUACGAGACGGACCAGCUGACGCACGUGUACACCUUCGUCCUCCGCCCCGAUGCCACAUACAGCAUUCUCAUCGACAACGUAGAGAAGCAAACUGGCAGCGUCUAUGAUGACUGGGACAUUCUCCCUGCCAAGAAGAUUAGGGACCCUGAGGCUAAGAAGCGGGAAGACUGGGAGGACAACGAAUACAUUCCUGAUCCUGAGGACAAGAAGCCAGAGGGUUAUGAUGACAUUCCGAAGGAAGUAACUGAUCCUGAUGCGACCAAGCCUGAGGACUGGGAUGAGGAGGAAGAUGGUGAAUGGACAGCCCCAACCAUUCCAAACCCUGAGUAUAAGGGACCAUGGACGCAAAAGAAAAUUAAGAACCCGAACUUCAAAGGCAAGUGGAAGGCACCUUUGAUCGAUAAUCCAGAGUUCAAGGAUGAUCCUUACAUCUACUCGUUUGACAGCCUGAAGCACAUUGGCAUUGAGCUGUGG